CGAGAUGUUUGUGAUGCACCGCGUGCACCGCGCUCAGAGCGAAAGAGUGCGCUUUAGCCGCCGCGACUUGCGUCACUUUUGCCUCGGCAGCAACGUGUGCGAGAGUCAGCCAGGUCGGAAACCGUGUGUCAACGCGCGGCGAGAGUGCAAGUGAGCAGUUUAUCCUUCAGGCCAGUCAGUCGCUCGCUCGCCGCCGUGCCAUUUGCACACCUCGCAGCUUUCGCAAGUUGGGAGCACACACGUUACUUGCAAAAAUCAGUAGAACCACGUGUGUGUGUGUGCGUGCGUGUACCGGAGCAUGCUCUCCACCUGAGGAUUAACCCUGAAGCUGGAUGCAGCCGCUGGUGCAGCAGCAGGCGGCCAAGCAGCCGAGCCCCGUCGCCGGCCUACUCAACGUCAAGGUCCCGGCGCUAGGCAAAAAGACCCGCCUGCCCAACUGGAAGGUAUGGCGGUCGUUCUGGGUGACAGCGAAGCGCGCCCGGUGCCCGAAGGGGGUGCGCGGGGUGCAGCUGAGUUUGGCGCCGCUCAAAGAAAUGCACCUCGAGGAGCCGGGGAACAAAGUGAGCAAGGUUUUUGUGCCGUGCGGCAGCUGCAUCAAAAGGACCUCUUCCAGGAACAAAUGCUACGUGUUCGCAAUCUUUCCCGCGGCUGUUGGAUCAGGGCCUGCCCUCAUGUACCUGGCUGGCCGCUCGGAGAGCGAGUCGCAACGCUGGAUGCGUGACCUUAUAAAAUUCCUCGAUCCCAACUAUAUCACAGACAUUGACGACGCAACCCAGUUUGAAGUGACCACCCUGCCGAAUGGCCUGAGCGUGGUCGUCGGCCUCGCAGGGAUGAUGGGCCUGCUGGGACUGCGGCCGUCAGGGUUGGCGUUGCGGACGCAGUCGGCCGACGAGGAAAACGAGCAGGGGAGGCUGCUGGGCGCCUGGGGUUGGAAGCAGAUCGACCACGCGCGCUGCAGACUCGGCGCGGCCGCCCUGCCAGAGGAUGAUGGGAAAAUCUGCGUCAUCAGGACCACCAGUCUGUUUCCAGGCGGCGCCGGCGACAUGAGCGUGUUUUGCGCCAGGGGCCGACAGCUGGUGAAGGCCCUGCAGACCAAGACGGCGUCCCUGCUACCCACGCUGCAGGCCGACGCUGGACGCCGCGUGCGCCGCGUCAGCCGCAGCGAGGGCGACCUGCGCUUCGCCUUCGCCCUCCUGCACAACAACUCCAACCGGCAAGAAAAGCGCAAGAUCAGCAAGGCCGCCGCUGACGCCAGACGGCAACCGGUCGUCUCCCUGCCAACUGCCAGUCAGGGACUCGUCAUUCUGGCGCGAGUGAGGAGUUUCCUAGACCCAGUGUUUUCGGCUGCGAACCGCGUGCGAUGCAACUCGGACCGGAAUCCUUGCGAGCAGGGCACUCCGUCGAGUGGUAUCAUGAGUUUGUCGGUGUCGCCGUCGGACGCAGGCAUCUCAGAGGACGAGGGUCAGGAUUACGACGAUCAAAUUGGCGGCGGCGACGGCAAUGAUCUGGUGGAGCAGCGGCGGAUGUCCAACGUGUCGGUGGCGUCAGGCGUCUACGAGACAAUAGACGACGACGUGGGGGUCGCCCUGCCCAUUAGGGAGGAGGAGCCACCCCCGCUGCCCCCGCGGGAGUACAAAUUGUACGCGAGGCGCAGACCGGGCGGCCUGCACGCAUUCCUCAGACUUCAUAGUCUCUGGCGGAGCAACUCCGAAAAUCACGUGGCCCACUCGGAAGACACCGAAGAGGAGGAUGUAGAGGAUGAUGACGCCUCGGACGUAAUCUACUCGGAGCUGAUCGAGCCGAGGGAGGAGCCUCGGACGCUGGAGUCAAGCCUGCUGCGGCGGGUGCUGGAGCAGAAGGUUGGCCCCCUGCAACAUUCGAGCUCGUGCUCGGACCUGCCGAAGGCGCCGCCAGGGUCCCCUGGGCCGUCGGACGCUGAGGAGCCGCUCUACCUGUCGAUGACCGCGUGUGCACCACGCAAAAGGGUCAGCAGCGAGUCAGCGUCGUUCCUCCUCAGGAAGAUGAGCAACCUCAACGACGCCACCGGCAACUCGUCGCACGACAGCAUUUACGUGACGAUGAACGUGAUUGACAGGAAACAGUCGCUCACCAGCGAGAUUUACGCGCUCGUCACCGGCAUCCAGCCUUCCACUGACAGAAGCAGCGGGCCUUGAAGCCACACACACACACAAACACUUCAGCUUGCGGAGUGAGGAUUUUUGCACUGUAUAUAAAGGAAUGCCAGAGAUUUCUUUAAAUUUAAACUAUAAAUGCAAUUUUCUCUCGAGUUUGUAUUAUUUUUUAAAUAUUUCUCUGUUUCGUCAUAUAAUUUAAGUAAAUGUGAUAGUUAAGUUAAUCCUGCAAAAGUCUCCAAGCUGUAACAACAGAGGCGAAUAUGUACAUACAUUUCAUGGCGGCGGAUCAAGAUUUCUUGCCUUGUCGUGAGAAAUGAAACAUGCGGGUUGAAAACUUGUCAUCGUGCUGCGGGGUGCGAAAUUCUCAGCACCAUCUCACCCCUGCAUGGUUAUGGCAGACACGUUUCACUUAAUUUUAAAAAGUUGCGCAAACUUUCAUCUUUACAAUUUCAUAUGUUAACCAAAGAGUGAGUGGCAAAAAAUCUGACUUCAUUGAUACGCCUCUAAACCUAUUUUUCUAAUAUUAAAAAAGACAAAGUUGUUCAAAAUUGUGUAUAAAAAUAAAAAUAUGUCUACAUAAAAGUAACCUUAUUU